GAAUACAGGAAUUGCAAUAUGGACGGCCGCUUGCAGGAGAUCCGGGAGCGGCAGAAGCUCCGGCGCCAACUCCUGGCACAGCAGUUGGGAGCUGAAAGUGCCGACAGCAUUGGUGCUGUGUUAAACAGCAAAGAUGAGCAGAGAGAAAUUGCUGAAACAAGAGAAACUUGCAGAGCAUCCUAUGAUACCUCUGCUCCAAAUGCAAAGCGUAAAUACCUAGAUGAAGGAGAGGCAGAUGAAGAUAAAAUUGAAGAUUAUAAGGAUGAACUAGAAAUGCAACAGGAGGAGGAAAAUUUGCCAUAUGAAGAAGAAAUUUACAAAGAUUCUAGUACUUUUCUUAAGGGCACACAGAGCUUAAAUCCCCAUAAUGAUUAUUGUCAACAUUUUGUAGACACUGGACAUAGACCUCAGAAUUUUAUCAGGGAUGUAGGUUUAGCUGACCGAUUUGAAGAAUACCCUAAACUAAGAGAGCUCAUCAGGUUGAAGGAUGAGUUAAUAGCUAAAUCUAACACCCCUCCUAUGUAUUUACAAGCAGAUAUAGAAGCUUUUGACAUCAGAGAAUUAACACCCAAGUUUGAUGUGAUUCUCCUGGAACCACCUUUAGAAGAGUAUUACCGAGAAACCGGUAUCACUGCUAAUGAAAAAUGCUGGACUUGGGAUGAUAUUAUGAAGUUAGAAAUUGAUGAGAUUGCAGCACCUCGUUCUUUUAUUUUUCUAUGGUGUGGUUCUGGAGAAGGAUUGGACCUUGGAAGAGUGUGUUUACGCAAGUGGGGAUACAGAAGAUGUGAAGAUAUAUGUUGGAUUAAAACCAAUAAAAACAACCCUGGGAAGACUAAAACUUUAGACCCAAAGGCUGUGUUCCAGAGAACAAAGGAACAUUGCCUAAUGGGGAUCAAAGGAACUGUUAAGCGUAGCACAGAUGGAGACUUUAUUCAUGCUAAUGUUGAUAUUGACUUGAUCAUCACAGAAGAACCUGAAAUUGGUAAUAUAGAAAAACCUGUGGAAAUUUUUCAUAUAAUUGAACAUUUUUGUCUUGGUAGAAGACGGCUUCAUCUUUUUGGAAGAGAUAGUACAAUUCGACCAGGCUGGCUUACGGUUGGACCAACUCUUACAAAUAGCAACUACAAUGCAGAAACAUAUGCAUCCUACUUCAGUGCCCCUAAUUCCUACUUGACUGGAUGUACAGAAGAAAUUGAGAGACUUCGACCAAAAUCACCUCCUCCCAAAUCUAAAUCUGAUCGGGGAGGUGGAGCUCCCAGGGGUGGUGGAAGAGGUGGAACUUCUGCUGGUCGUGGACGAGAAAGAAAUCGAUCUAACUUUCGAGGAGAAAGGGGUGGAUUUAGAGGAGGCCGUGGAGGAGCACAUAGAGGUGGCUUUCCACCUCGAUAA